ACAUUUGAAGAGGACCGAACGCCAGUAACUCCUCGCCGGACAUAUGCUAUUAUGCCUCGCCUGCAACCUCGAUCCAUUCGCCCACCGCAACUCCCAUUCAGGCCGCGCGCCCGCCGACGGCGCGCUCGCCCUCGAGCCCCGCGAGGCUCUCCGUCUCCUCAGCCGAAGCGCCUCCACCACCCUGGGACAUGUCAAGCUCACCCACGCCCGCAUCCUCCGCUCUGGCCUGUCCCACGACCCCGCCCUCCUCCCCUCCCUCCUCCGCCUCUACUCCUCCCACUGCCGUCUCGAUCUCGCCGCCCGCCUCCUCGCCAUCUUCCCCGACCCUCCCACCAUCGCAUGGAACCUCAUGAUCCGCGCCCACGCCGGCGCGGGCGCCCCCCUCGACGCCGUCCUUGUCUAUAACCGCAUGCUCUCCCGCGGCCUCCGACCUGAUAAGUUCACCUUCCCCUUCGUCGUCAAGGCCUGUUCGAUGCUCCUGGAGGUUAGUAAGGGCAAGGAGGUCCACGCCUUUGCUAUCAAGUCUGGGUUCUGGCCUGACACGUUCCUGCAGAACGCCCUCAUUCAUCUCUACUUCUGCUGCGGCGACCCAGUGAGCGGGCGGAAGGUGUUCGACGAAAUGCCAGUUAAAAGCGUCGUGUCGUGGACCGCUCUGCUUUCUGGACUCGUGGCGUGCGGCGAGGUAGAGGCCGCUAGAACCGUCUUCGACAACAUGCCGAUCCGAAACGUGGUGACUUGGACGGCGAUGAUCGACGGGUACGCGAGGAAUGGGCCCCCAGAUGAGGCGUUCAGGCUGUUCCGGAGGAUGCAGGACGACGACGUGAUGCCGAACGAGUUCACGGUGGUGGCGCUGUUGAUCGCGUGCGCAGAGCUUGGGAGCCUGAGUGUGGGCCGUUGGGUGCAUGAGUUUGCCCAAAAGAACGGCGGACUCGACAAGGGCGUCUACGUGGGCACUGCGCUCAUAGAUAUGUACAGCAAAUGUGGAAGCUUGGAGGACGCGGUGAGAGUGUUUGAUCAUAUGCCAGUCAAGAGCGUGGCAACUUGGAACUCCAUGAUCACCAGCUUCGGCGUUCAUGGGCGGGGAAAGGAAGCGGUGGCUCUUUUCAUGGAAAUGGAGAAGGCAAAGGUGCUGCCCGAUGGAAUCACCUUUGUGGGCGUCUUGAGCGCCUGUGUGAGGGAGUGCAUGGUGGAGGAGGCCUGCAGGUUCUUUGGGUCCAUGGUCGAACGAUAUGGCAUCGGCCCAUGUCGCGAGCAUUACGACUGUCUCGUGGAGCUCUUGAAUCGUGCUGAUGACUUAGAUGAAGCAACCAAAAUGGUUGAUAAUUCGCUGCUAAAGCUUGGCGUUGCUGCAAGACAAAUGCUGAAGAAAUUGUGCCAAACAAAUGCCGACAUGAGGCUCCAAAAAGUUAGUUGUUCAUCCUCAUGGAUUCGAAAACCUUCAAAAGCCUUGAGCGUGAAGUAGAAUAGUUUCAGCCUGGAAAACAAAGAUGAGUGCUGCCAAGACAUGGCCGACAAGUUUAUGCUGAGCAUUGCAACUCUAUUGCAGUGCUGGAUCCUGGAUUCCAGUCUCUGUAAACCAUAUAGUUCUGUCUACAGCUUCAGGUUCAGAAGAAGAAGCUGGCUGCCUAAGAUAAAUGAUAUGCGUGUUAAGCAAAACAGCAGAAAAUGAACAUUCAUUCAAACGGGAGUAUCUAUUUCUCUCUCCUGAGCCUUGAGAGAGAAGCACUAGCGAUCAGUUCCUCUCCCUCUCCUUUUCUUGGAAGUUCCGCUUCCUCCUCCCCUGGUACUACCUGACACAGUUCCCUCUUGUUCAUGGCAGCUGUACGGCUAUUCCCCCUGAAGCCCUCUUCGCUCUUAUCUCGGAUGAGUCUCGCCUCUACAUGGCUUCAACCUCCCCCAUCUUCUUGGGCAAAUCUAUUAACAAAAAAGCUAAAGGUGUCGCGGAUGGGCAGAUCGAUCCCGUUCUUUAAAGUCAGCUCUUUCAGAUUCAAUGCAAGUCCAACCUCAAGUUGGAUCUAUACGUCAAUGAGUUUUCUAUGGCCUACGAAGGCUGACAAACUAAUCUAUCUGACAAAUUUUUGAGUAAAAUUCCUUCACUUGACCUUAUGAA